GACCUGCCUGAUUCACAUCACGGGGCUGCUCCCUCUGGUACUUUAAAUCAGAGCGGCUACACUGAGCGGGCUGCAGCCGGAGCUCAGCACACACACGCACACACACCAUAUGUCUCAACAACACAUUGUAUUAGUUCUUCUAUAGUUUGGUAUUUUUCGGCAACACUCACAUUGUAGUGUAAGCCAGCAGCAACAUGCAGCACAUGUCGUCUCCGGUCAGGUUCCGCAGCAGUAAGAAAGUUGUCCAAUCUGUCCAUCGAGGACCAGGAGGACACUCAGUUUCCGUACGCCAUGAGGGAUCUGCCUCCCGUGUCUCAGCCUGGCGAACAGAACCAGACAGAAGACCACCAUGAGGCAGAGGGGAGCGGGACAGCACCGAACGGCAGACUCCCCAGCCUCCCCGGGACUCCCUCUCUGCCCCGUCCCACCCCCGUCUACGCUUCUGGAUCCCCGACUGUCCCUCAAAGACCAAUUCGUGUGAGAACUGACGCAGAGUUUCAGCCCCUGCAGCUGAGGAGGCAGUUCGCCUCUUAUUCGUCCAUGGAGCGUCCUCUCAGCCCGGCCUCACGUCCUCACAGCCCAUGGGGACGCUUUGAUCCCUAUGAAUCUGCAGAGGAUCAGGAAAAGGAGUAUGUUGGUUUUGCCACAUUGCCCCACCAGGUUCAGAGGAAGACGGUGAAGAAAGGUUUCACAUUUACCCUUAUGGUGGCAGGAGAAUCUGGCCUCGGUAAAUCCACACUUAUCAACAGUUUGUUCCUCACGGACCUUUACAAAGACAGGAAGGUUCCCAAUGCAGAAGAACGGAUCAAUCAAACAGUGAACAUUCUCACACACACAGUUAGCAUCGAAGAGAAAGGAAUCAAAUUGAGGCUCACCGUCAUCGACACACCAGGGUUUGGAGACUCCAUCAACGAGACAGGAAGCUGGAAGCCAUUAGAGGACCAUAUCGACAAGCAGUUUGAACAGUACUUCAGAGAUGAGAGCGGGCUGAACAGAAGGAACAUCCAGGACAACAGAGUCCACUGCUGCCUCUACUUCAUCUCUCCAUAUGGCCACGGUCUUAGACCUCUGGAUGUGGCGUGUAUGAAGGCCUUGCACAACAAAGUCAACAUAGUCCCUGUAGUGGCCAAGGCAGACAGCUUGACAGAAGCAGAGGUCCAGAGAAAGAAGAUGAAGAUCAGAGAGCAGAUCGAGCAGUUUGGGAUCAACAUCUAUCAGUUUCCUGAGUGUGAUUCAGAUGAGGAUGAAGACUUAAAGAAACAGGAUCAAUUACUCAAGGACAGCAUCCCGUUUGCAGUAAUUGGGAGUAAUGUUCAGGUGGAGAGUGACGGCCACAAGGUCAGAGGUCGAGUCUAUCCCUGGGGUGUGGUAGAAGUGGAGAACCCGGCUCACUCCGACUUCCUGCUGCUGAGGAACAUGUUGGUAAAAACCCAUAUGCAGGACCUGAAAGACCAAACGGGCGAGACACACUAUGAAAAUUACAGAGCCCAGUGCAUCUCAAAUAUGACGCGCAUGGAGUGUCAUACAUCAGGAGCGCAGCGUGGCAGACUCCCCCCUGCCGCUGGCUGCAGCUGACACCAAGACGCAAAGGCUCAUCGCUGAGGAGGAUGCAGGAGGUGCUGGAGAGAGUUCAGCAGCACAUGCAUCAAAGCCAGAGAGACGGUUUCUGAGCAACCAGGAACACAGAGGAAGCUCCGUUUCUGAUCCAUGAGGAGCAAAAAGGAGAUGGAACUCAUUUACAUUAGGGUCCUUGUUUAAUGGACUUACUUACCAUCUUAAAGUGAUGAAGGCUGGUAUCAUGGUCCUCCAGGAUCACACAAACAUUUCUGUGGGUCUCUGAAAAAAAGGUGCUAUGGUUAAAAGGAGCCACCACUCCACAAUCCCAACAACACACCCAGAGAUCCGAUUAGAUGAAUAAACGCCAGUCAAAAAGCUAAUUAGAAACAACCCUCAAUGUAAACAGGGUUGUGUUCAAGAUGUUCAGGUCUCACUUCUUCCAAAGAGAGAGUUUUUCGGCUGCUUCACAUUAAUUAUUACUUUUAUUCUAUUAAUUUAAUCAAAUGCUUCUCUUGUAGUAACCUUGAUAAGGAUGUAAAACUGCCAUCUAGGGGACAUUGUAGUGAGGUGAUAGUUGGGUCUUAAAUGUAUACAAAUGUUUCAUAUUGUACUACUUUUGAAUCAACUGUUUUUUUAAUGUUUUUCUAUUUUUAAUCUUUAGUUUUAGAUGCUUUGUAUGGACAAGUGAAACAUUUCAAUAAAAAAACAUUCAAACUGCAG